AUGCCAAGUCACAACAACUGCUGCAUAGUUGGGUGCAACGCGACCUACGCCAAUUCUCCGAGUAUCAGACUUUACAGUUUUCCAUGGAAAACCUACGAGAAGGACCGACGUGCAACUUGGAUCCAACUUGUUCGCCGAGAGACGAGCACUGGCAAGUUGUGGGAGCCGACAAAGCACUCAAGGAUUUGCAGUAAGCAUUUCGUGGGAAAUGUCAAGUCUGAUGAGGAGAGGCAUCCGGCUUACAACCCGUCCAUCUUCCCCGACGUGUACAGGAAGCGGUCGACUCCAUCGUCUGAUCGCUACGCAAGGGCUAAACGACGCAGGGAGUGUGGUGCCGUGAGCACCCAGAGCUUGGAGCCCACCGGGGAAGACGAGGGAGGCGAUCAUAACGAGUUUUCCGCAUCUACAAUGACUGAAGAGUCAAGUGGAAGUUCGAACAUUUCUGCCUUCUACUGCGACCACUAUGACACGAGCGUCGCCGUUCAGGUCAGCAGUGUCUCCAUGGUUGACAACGGCAUCAGUUGUCCACAGCGUCAGUAUGAGACCAAGAGCACUGGCACAGCAUACAAGGAGCCAUACUUCGGAGGCUAUAAGUCCAUUGCAGAUAACGAGCAGCGGCUGAUUGACCUGACAGGAGUGACGCUCAUGGUUCUGUCCCUCCUGCAGAGCCUACUCCCAGACUCAGGACGCCAACCUCGAGAACUCCAUGUGAAUGACAAGCUUUUGCUCUUCCUCAUCAAGUUAAAGCAUGGGGUGCCCUUUUCGUGUUUGGCAUCUCUCUUCGGGAUACACCGAACGACAGCAGCAAAGGCAUUCAAGCAUGUCCUCUUUCAUGUCUGUGCAGCAACAAAAUCCUGGCUGUACUGGCCAAGCAAGGCUGCAGUACAGGCAACAAUGCCCCCAAGUUUUCGCUUGUUGUACCCGAAUUGCCGGAUAAUAAUAGACUGCACAGAAUUGAAAGCAGAGACACCAGCAGGGGUCCAAGCACAGAACCUCUGGUACUCCCACUACAAGGGGACGUAUACAAUGAAGUACCUGAUAGGAAUAGCACCGAAUGGUCUGGUGACAUUCUUAUCCCCAGGCUUUGGAGGAAGAGCCAGUGACACCAACAUUACAGUGGAAGCUGGUCUUCUACCACGGCUAGAGCCUGGAGACCUCGUGCUGGCAGAUAAGGGCUUCCCUGGAAUCCGGACUGGUGUUGGACAACAGAAAGCAACGCUAGUGAUGCCCCCGUUUGCCACGAAGCCACAGUUUACUGAGGCAGAAGUGGACGCAACGUAUGAAACUGCAUCUGUGCGGAUACAUGUGGAAAGGGUAAUCCAAAGACUGAGAAUCUUUGACAUUUUAAACCGAAGAAUUCCUCAUGACCUGGCAGAACAUAUGGACAAGAUAAUGCAUGUGAUAUGUGUAAUCACUAAUGUGAAACCAGGAAUCUUUCGUAAAAAUGAUGAAACAAUGCAAUUUUAA